AGAGAUUUGCAAGAUUCCCAAGAUUCACUUUCUGCUGUUCUGAGUUCCACAGCUGCUGUUAUCGCAAAUAUCGCACGAGUAUUGCGUAUAUAUAUACUGAAUUUGAAUAGUGUGCCCGUGUUCAGGUGAAGAUAACAUAGUGUGAUGUUUUGAUGGUUUGUGAGGUCCACGCGGUAUCGUCUGCGUACAGCGCGAGUAGGCUGCAGUAGUACGCCUAAAGUACGCGAGUUCAGUCGUUGAUUUUGACUUCAGCUAAGCGGUUGAGGUGAAGAUAUUCUGAGCAGUAAUUCCGUAGGAUUAGCUGAUUGUUCAUAACGCUAGCAAGCGGAAGUAUUUAUAGACCGGAUUAGCAGCUUUAAGAAAUGGCACUAUCAUUAUGCACCAGUAAGGUCUUUACCGCCUUUCGGAUUAACCAGCGCACCCUCCAAGUCACUAAGGUUCUUUCCUGUCGCUACUCUACCAAGAAACGUUCGAAGAUCUAUGAGAGUGCCGCUGAAGCGGUGGCUGACAUUCCCGAUGGUUCCAAACUGCUGGUCGGUGGAUUUGGAUUAUGUGGCGUUCCGGAAAAUUUGAUCGAUGCAUGUGUCAAAAAAGGCCUGAAAGAUCUGACCGUGGUGUCAAACAAUGCCGGUAUCGAUUCCUUCGGACUGGGCUUGUUCCUUCAGCAGCGCAUGAUAAAACGUAUGAUCGCAUCCUAUGUCGGUGAGAAUGCCGAAUUCGAACGACAGUACCUGACUGGAGAGUUAGAGCUGGAACUGACCCCACAAGGUACUCUGGCCGAACGUAUUCGCGCUGGUGGCGCUGGCAUUCCGGCCUUUUUCACUCCCACUGCCUUCGGAACGUUGGUUCACGAGGGUGGUGCACCGAUCAAAUACGGCAAAGAUGGAUCGGUAGAGAUCGCCAGUCAACCUCGGCCGAUGCAGCUGUUCAACGGGAAACCGUACAUCAUGGAGGAAGCCAUCGUCGGUGAUUUUGCGCUGAUCAAGGCUCACGUUGCAGACGAGGCGGGUAAUCUGAUCUUCAACAAAUCCGCACGGAACUUCAAUCCAACCAUGUGUAAAGCAGCUAAGACUACCAUCGUCGAGGUAGAGAAUAUAGUACCUGUUGGAUCGUUAGAUCCGGAUCAGAUUCACAUGCCAAGCGUAUUUGUACAUCGCCUAAUUAAGGGAGCCAAGUACGAAAAACCAAUCGAACGAUUGAGGAUACGUGAAGCUAAGAAAUCCGGCUCGGUCCUUUCUUCGACGCCAGCUGCUAAGCAACGGGAGAGAAUUGUCCGGCGGGUUGCACUAGAAUACCAAGACGGAAUGCAUAUUAACCUGGGAAUCGGUAUUCCCGUAUUGUCGUCGAAUUACAUCAAAGGAAUCAACGUGCUGCUGCAAUCGGAAAAUGGUAUUCUCGGAUUGGGCCCCUUCCCCGAGAAACACGAAGUCGAUCCGGAUCUGAUCAAUGCUGGAAAGGAAAGUGUUACCGUAUUGCCGGGGGCAUCGUUUUUCUCUUCGGAUGACAGUUUUUCCAUGAUUCGCGGUGGACACAUCGAUAUCACCGUGCUCGGUGCGAUGCAAGUGUCACAGUUGGGAGACUUGGCCAACUGGAUGAUUCCCGGUCGUCUGGUGAAAGGUAUGGGCGGUGCAAUGGAUCUGGUGUCUGCUCCGGACACCAAGUGCAUUGUUACGAUGGAACACAACGCCAAGGAUGGUUCGCACAAGAUUCUCGCCGACUGUACCCUUCCGGUGACGGGUAAGAACUGUGUCGAUAUGAUCAUCACCGAAAAGGCCGUUUUCAACGUCGACAAGGAACAGGGUCUCACAUUGAUGGAAAUCGCCGACGGAGUGUCGGUAGAGGAAGUUAUUUCUAGCACUGGUUGCAACUUCGAAGUGUCACCCGAUUUGAAACCGAUGGGUCAGGUGCCGGAGUGAGUAAUGGAAGCAGUUUUUUUUGGCUAUUAACAUAUGCUCUACGUAAUGAUGCAGUAUCUCACCAAGUCACAUACACACACACAUUGCUGGAUAAUAUGUGGAUCAACAAAUGAAUGGUCUCAGGAACAGGCACUUUUUCGUUAGUCGUGUCAUUGUUUUUCAUUUGCCUUACGAAUAUUAUUAGGUUUAGUAACACACUGUCGUGCCAGUGUAUAAAUCUGUCUAUCAGUUCUUCUUUAAUGAUACACGAGUCGAAACGAUCAUACCCGAUGUACAGGGUAUACAAGCCUAUUAAUAUAAAUAACAUGGAGAAAUUA